UAGCGUUCUCUUGUGCGCCCAUGGGCUACGCCCUCUCCGCACAACCAACUGCUAGUCGAGCUUGAGCCAUGGCUAUCGAGGCGUCCCACCAGGGCGAGCUGGAUUUCGUUGCGGAUAGGGUAAAGGCCCCGUUGUCUUCGAGUCGGCUUAAACAUCCACUAGGGCGAGUUGGAACUUGGAACUCCUUGUGCGGAGGAUAAUGGCUCGGCUGUCAGGCCACGCGGGUCACCUAGGCGCGCCUGGCUCCCGCCGUGUGCCUGUAAUGUCUUUAACGACGCUUCGCAAACUACCCAACCGGCCCGGGCGGAGAGCACCGGUUGGUUCCACUCUCGCCAGCCCCUCCCGCCAGCUCCGCGCGCCUGGUGCUCCCCUCGCGCCGGUUGCGCCGCGUCCACGUCAUCAUCCGAGCUGCGCUCCCCUACCCCCCGCUCCACGUCAUAUGAGUCGCUGGCGGCCGUUCGGGGUAGGAGAGGUUCCCCCCCGCCCCGCUCGAUUAAACACCUACGUCGCUCGUCGGUGGAAUCAUUUGCGUCGCCAGCCGGACCGAAGACCCAUUGACCAUUGGCCAUUAGGCUCGCGAGUCACGGUAUCCAACCACGGACGGUAUAUAUAUUUAGAUCGCUCCGCCAGGCUUUUUCGGAGCUAGAACCAAAUUGGGACUGCUUGCACGCGCGUGAAGAGGCCAGUGUAUUUCAGGCCAGCUCUGCUAACGGACAUGGCUUCCUAGUGUCGCGGUGAUUACGGCCUAACGCUUUGGACCAAGCCACGUGCAGACUACAGUUUGCAUUAUAUCCAGCACCGGCUCGCUGCACUGCUCAGACCGCAGGCAGGCACCGAAGUGGCAUCAACACCAACUAGUAGUCGUUCUCGAAGAUGUCGGCGUACUACUGCUGCUGACGUGUCGUGCCGACGCGAUUCGUCCUAACGCCUUCGACCGUCACAAUCUGUACGAGCGAGCUCGCCCGGCCUCACGCGUCACGCGCAGCGAAUCUUAGGAGAUUUUUUCGUCGGUCCGCCUGAGGAUACUUGGUGGCGCGACUCAAGACUUGUGGUGUAGAAGCGUCUUUCGAGCCGCGUUCACCUCGCCAGCCUCGUUAUUCGCGUCUCGAGACUUAUGGUGUAGCAUCUGCCGCUACUGCAGCCUCAUCAGCCGCGUGGCGGGACAGCGCACGAAAUCCCUAAAUAUCGGAACCCGGAAGGCCGUUCGGAUAGGCACGAGGCGGCGUAUGGUUGUUGAUCCUCUUGCGUAGCGCGAGCAGCAAGUCGAAAGACGGAGGAUCGCGUUGCCCCACGCUUACUACCACUACAGCACGAAGGGUUCUUAUCCCGCUCGAGUCGGUUUUCCAGUUUCCGGCAGAGGGGUUCUUUUCGCGAGUACCGAUACCCGACUGCUGAAGGGUCUUGAAAGCGACUGCUUAUACUUCGCGAUGAUAAGUUCUUAAUUCGUACUCAUAGUUCUAAUUGACUAAACUCGUAUUCUGUCUGCUAGGACCAGCGAACCUGAGGUUAAGUCCGUAACCACUGCUGCCAGUCUGUUUUUUUUUCCAAGAAGCUUUAGGAGCCGCUUAAAGCCCGCCUGGCAUGUUCCUACGAUGUGCUCUGGUUCAGUAACGCCAAUCGAAGCCUUAGCUUAUCCCGCCAUGGCCGCCUCUCACCCGACUGCUCCUGUUCCUCCUCCUGACCUAACUUCGCCUCCAUCUGCCGCCCAACUAACCAACCCUUUCCCUCCUGCUUACCUAACGAACCCUUCUAUUCCCGCUGCUGCCGGCUCUCGCAAUCGCCGCCAUAGCUGGGAUGCCGCCGACCCGACCAAUCAGCACCGCCCGCCGCUUCCGCAGCAGGCGGAGAGCGCCGCGCAGGGGGCGCGCGCCGCCGCACAAGGGGGCAAGGGGGAAGGGGGAACGGCGCGGGCGGCGGGGUCCGCGGGGUCCGGGGGGCCGGCGGGUGCGGUGGCGGAGGCAGCGGAGAGAGGCGGGAGACGGCGCCGAUUCGGGAGCUGGGAUUUGACCGUGAUGACCGCAGUCGCCGCCGCAGCUGCCGCCGGGAGUUACGCCGCGGAUCAAUCCCCAGUGGCGGCGCGCCACGUGGCAGCUUCCGAGAGGACGGCCGCGCCGCCAGAGGUGGAUAUGACGCGCGGGGAGUUCAAGAGCCGCUCGCGGCCGCCGUCAGCGCCGGCAUCCCCGGGCCACGUGGCGGCGUCAGGAGGAGCCGCGGCAGCCGCGGCGGCCGCGGCACCGCCAAUUGCAGCUUCGGCAGCCGCGGCGUCGACGGGGGGGGGAGAGGAUGGGAGCGCGAGAGGACUGGUGGCGCCGCCAAACAGUCGCCGGCUGAUCCCGAGCCGAUUAAUGUCGUCUGCCAAGCAGGUGGUCGGUGGGUUGGCGCUGCAGACUCGGGACUGUGCACCGGAACAGCUGAUUAAUCGCCUCCCCAGGGACCCUUCCCCGCCUUCGUCACUCGCCGCCAGGCCUGCCGCCCGCGUGGCCGCUAGUAGCGGCGCGGCUGGUAGCCCGGCUCGCGGCUUGCCGCCGCCGCCGCCGCCGCUUCCGCCACCCCCGCCACCGCUGCCGCCGGCGCCGCUGUUUAAGAGGCGCAGGCCGCCGUCGUUGGACCUGGAUCGGCUGGGCAUCAGCAGCGGCGCGGGUGCCGCCGCCCAAGCAGGCGCGGGUACCGUCGUCCCAGCGAGUGUUGGUCCUACUGCCGCCCAAGCAUGUCAUCUGGCCGCGAACGUCCGUGUUACUACUGAAGGGGUUGCUUAUAACGCACCGUCUACUAACGUGGCAUCUUCUAACGUGGCGCCGACCAACGUGACAACGUCCAACGUGGCACCCUCCAACGUGGACGAUCAGUCCACGUGGAGCUCUCCUGGCGUCCCCUUAUCACCCCUCGACACAAGAGAGAGACCCUCCUCUCAGCGCGUGUCCUCUCCCACCGACUAUUGCGACUCGCCUGCUGCUCGCGGCGCGCCUACUAACGACGGAAAUGAUGGCAAGGAUGGCAACGAUUACGACGACACGUGCCAGAGCAUGUCCGACGUGUCCCUCGGCGACGACACGUCAUCCACGAUCGCGAGUCGCGGCAACUCUCCAGGCGCCUCGGACCUUCCGCUGACCAACAGGGGGUCCAACGCGCCUGGCGCGUACCACUUCGAGUCGCCUCCUAGUCGCGCUUCGAUUGGCGCGCCGAGCUCUACUAGCACCGCGUCUCACGCGAGCUCCGACCGCCGCGCUUCCCGCGGCGGCGAAGGCCUGGUCGCGGCGAUUAGCAGCAGACCCGCGAGCGCGGCGUCCCGCGAUUCACGCUACGCUGGGCAGCGUCGCGCUGAUCGCGGCGGGUAUGGCGGCGGCAGCGACGCCAGCAGCUACGGCAAAGGGCGCAGUGGUGGUGGUAGCCGUUGCGACCAGGAAAGUGCGGCGAAGCUUCUGGAUCUGCGCGCCCUGCUGUGUCCACACUUCCGAUUCUGCCCCAGCUGCGGGUACCAGCUCAUGGAAAAGCCCACAGUGGAACGGGCUACAGUGGAGCGCUCGUUACAAGCACACGCGUUACGAGAACACCCUCCGCUACAUGAACGCGAGCUGGCGAACCCUCCGCCGCCGCCGCCGCCGCCGCUGCCGCAGCAGCAGCAGCGGAUGAGCCUGCAGCAGCACUGGAAGCAGCAGCAGCGGCAGCACGACCUUCGUUAUAAGAACAGCCCGCCCCAGGUCCAGUCCCAGGUUUCUGGCGACGCUGCGAGACGGCUCGUGCGCGCCGGAGCAGAGAAGACGAAAUCAGAUCGAAUCAGAUCGGAUCAGGAAGGGGAGGGGGAGGACGACGACGCGGGGAAAAUGGCUCUGGUUGUUACGGUGGUUGGGGCAGAUGGGAGGAGGAGACGGGCAGUGCUGGAAAUUUUGGGGCAGGGUGAGGUGGUGCUGAAAUCCGACGGAGGGGAGGAGAAAGUGGAGGAAGCCGGGCAGGUGGACGUGCCGCGAAAGGAAAAGCAAGUCGCGGGAGAUGGGGAGAGGAGGGAAGGAAGGAGGGGAGAAGGGGGGAGGGGGGAAGGGGGGAGGGGUGAGAAGGAAAAGAGGAGGGAUGGGGGGGAGCAGGGAGGGGGGAGGGGCGCGUGGAAGCAGAGCCCGCACGAAGCGCUGAAAGAAAUGCGCGGCUCGCGGCUGGAGAGAUUGAGGGAUUUCGAGGCGCCCGUGGGGGAACUGGAGGGGCGAGGCGGAAGCCCGAGCCUGCAGAAAGGGAGGCUCGGGAACACGAACCUGAAGGGCGGGGUUCGGCGAACUGGCAGCAUGGAUUUGAAUAUCUACACCCUGACAACCCCAAGAAGAAAGGUUGAUAUGGAUUAUGAAGAUUAUUCUGAUAAGGAUGGUGCUGAUGGUUAUGAUGGUGUGGGGUGGGAGGAGAGGGGGACGGAAAGAGACGAAAAGGCGGAGAGGGAGGAGGAGGGGGAGGGGGAGGGGAGGUUUGAGAGUCAGGCUUGGGUGACUUUUGGGGAGGCGGCAGAAGGGGGAGCAGAGAGGGCGGUGGAGAGGGGUGGUGAGUUUGGUGCGACGAGAGAGCAGGGAGUGGCUGUGAUUGUUUGUGAGGGAGGGGAGGACAGUGAUGCUUAUGUGUGUGAGAAGGUCCAGCCAAUCAAUGUGAAGGGAGAGGCGAGGAGGCAGGGGAUUCCUCAGGUGAAUCUUCAGGUGAAUAUUCAGGUGCCUGGAGAUUCCCCAGACGCAGACGCUGCGCUCACGGGCUCCUCACACAACCCUGCCAGCACCACCAGCACCAGGAGCACCAGCAGUGGCAGCGGCAACAUCCGCACCAGCAUCAGCAGCACCAGCAGCACCAGCACCAAUACCAGCACUACCAGGAGCACCACAAGCAGCAGCACCACCACCGCCAAUACCACCACCAGCACUACCAAUGCCGCCAAGCCCACACAUCCCCCACACUAUCAUGAGAGCCCCAAGCCCCUCCCCCUCCCCCCUCCCCCAACCCUCCACCGCCCUUCCCCAACCCCCCUUUCCCACCUGGACGCACCUCAAAACGCACCCGGAAAUUCACCUCAGAACGCACCGCAGAAUGCCCUCCGCCCGGCCCCCAGCCCCUCCACCCAGCUUGAGGCACCCCGGGGGGACGCAUUCCGCCCCGCCCCCAGCCCGCGUACGCACCGCCGCAUCUCCUCGUGGGCGGAGGGUGGGGGCGCCGGGCCCACAGCUUACGUGCUGCGCCGCCCGUACAGGGAGCUGGCGCUGGUGUACGAGGUGGGGGAGGAGGAGCUCGGGGUGGGGCAGUUCGGGGUCAUCCGGUUGUGCGUGAGCCGUGCGACGGGGCUGCUGCUGGCUUGCAAGACCAUCAGCAAGCAGCGAAUCGAGUCGGCCGAGGACGCAGAGGACGUGCGAAAAGAGGUGUCAAUGCUGCAGCAGGUGAAGGGCCAUCCGAGCAUCAUAGAAAUCGAGGAAGCGGUGGAGGACUCGAGGCACAUCCACAUCGUCAUGGAGCUCGCCAAGGGCGGUGACCUCUUCGACCGCAUCAAGCAGCGCUGGAGCCGGGAAAAGGCGCGGUGGGGGGACGUGGGGAAGGCGUGGGGCAGAGACAGGGGCGCGGAGCGGAGAGUGGGGUUCUCGGAGGGCGAGGCGGCGGUGGUGAUGGUGCGGGUGGUGGAGGCGCUGCUGUACUGCCACUCGCAGGGCAUCGUGCACCGCGACGUGAAGCCGGAGAACAUUCUGGUCAUGGACCGCGAGGACGACACGUGUGUGAAGCUCAUAGACUUUGGCGUUGCUGCGAGAUUCCAGAAUGGCUCGCCUCUCACUGAGUUUGUCGGCACGCCCUACUACAUCGCCCCAGAGGUCCUUGCAGGCUCCUACGGGCCUGAGGCCGACAUCUGGAGCGCAGGGGUGGUGCUCUACACGCUGCUCUGCGGGGCGCCGCCUUUCUUUGCCGACACCAACGAGGAGAUUUUCGACGCGAUCAAGGGCAACCCGGUGAAGUUUAAAUCUGCGCGGUGGAAGAAAGUCGGUUCGGGGGCGAAGGAUCUGCUGAAGGGCAUGCUUGAGAAGGAUCCGGAGAAGCGCCUGUCUGCUGUUGAUGUUCUUGGGCACCCAUGGAUACUAACCCAUUCCAGACAGCAUCUUCAACUAUAACAGUAGCAGGCAAAAGAUACCAGACAAAGUACAUUAUGUAAUCAUUCAACCCGUUGCUUGUGUGAACUUGAUCUCUUGUAUGUAUGCUUUGCUGAUAUCUUCAUUUUUUGUCCAUCUCGAUGCGCCCAAUCAUGAU